CCCCGCGGCAUUGUGGGAGUCGUGGUUUGUGUGCCGGCCGGAAGCAGGAUCCUUCGCGGCCUGGAGUUAUGGGACCGAGGCCCCAAGAGGGAAGUCACUUACCAGAGUGUGUAGGUUCCUCAUCCAGAGCUCAAGUCUUCUGACUCUUGGGGGCGGUGAGACCUGACUCUCCAGCUCUCUCUCCUCCUAUGAUUGUCUGAGUGGCCUGUGCUGAUCAGGAGUGAAUUCCCCGUUGGUCCAACAUGAACUGGAAGGUUCUUGAGCACAUACCUGUGCUGCUGUAUAUCUUGGCAGCCAAAACAUUAAUUCUCUGCCUGGCAUUUGCCGGAGUCAAAAUAUACCAAAGGAAGAGAUUGGAAGCAAAGCAGCAAAAACUGGAGGCUGAAAAGAAGAAGCAGUCAGAGAAGAAAGAUGACUAAAGCUUCCGGAAUCACAGGUUUUGUAAUUUAAAUGUCAACUUGAGUGGACUCCAGCUGAGAAGAAAGACUUAAUUCUUGAAUGACGUGUCAGAAGAUAAAUUCCCAAGCUAUAGCCUAACUUAAAGUGAUGUGAAUUUUUAUACGCUUUUAAAAGAACCAGUAUUUUGUUUACUAAAAAAAACAUACUUUGUUAAAAGGGUGUCUCUGGUGUUUGGAAUAAGCCAAAGUGUGUGUGUGUUUCUCUCUUACACACACAAACCCCAGCAUUUACGUUUCCAGCAUUUCUGAGCUGUGGGUGCCAGAUCAUAGGUGCCCCUCCACAGAGGACUGGGCCGUAGCAGUGGCAUCGGCCAGCUCACGCUCACCCACCCCUCCAUCCCUCUGAUCUGCUGCCCUGGUGUGUACCCCGCCUUCCUCCUCUUUCCCUCUUCCAAGCCCUUCCUCACGUGUUUUUACCAUCGCAGCAGAGGGAGGUUGUUCACUCAUCCAGGAGCAUCGGGCCUCCGCAGACGUGUGGGGGUCCUUGCAGGGAGGAGUACUGGGGAGACCUGUCUGCCAUGAUGGGCACCAAGUCUAGGAGAAACUCACUCUGUUGAGUCUUGUUGUGAAGAAGGAAGAGCAGCCCGCUGUGCUUUGUUCUCUGCCCACCAGUUUGCUGCUAAGAGAGGAAGUAUGGGACAUGCCGAGACUUUCAGAGUUGGGAGAAGUGGGGUUGAUAGGUAUUUUGACUUGGCACAUAACAGAUUGAGGUCUCUAUUAAGAGGUUCAUGUUUUUAUACUUCUCUCAAGAUACCAGAGAGGAUGGGGAAUAAGGAAGCAAUAACCAAAGCCAUAAACACGGUGGAAUGUUUGGUCUCAUUGCCAGUGGCGGCCAGGUGGAAAAUUUGCAUAUUAGUAAAUGCCCCCCGCCCCCAAUUGGUGGAACUUGGAAUUUUAAACAUGAGGAAUAAAGGGAAUUAUAUCCUU